AUGUCGUUUUUAGCUUCACAACAAGAAGUUGCUGUAUCGAUUCCAAAGCUGCUGUUGGCUGCUGUGCAGCCUUAUCAAACCAUUGCCGGUCCUGCGCUCAGCACUAAUUUCUUGACCCAAACCUCUUUACUUCCAUUUCAAAAGCUUCCAUUCACCCACAGCAGUGUCGCACCGGUGUAUUUCCACACUUUACUCCACUCGUUAGCCGAGUUCUGUGAGACCCCACGACCUGUACGAACAAGCCAUGUCAGGCAGCUGCAUCCCCCCCACGAACACUUUUGGGAUGACGUCGGCAUCCUCAACUGCUUUUACUCCACAACGUACCAUCCCCACCAACGGAAACACCCAUCCAUGGGUGCGGUCGAGCUCCUGCAUGCCUCGCAUCGAAAAGAAAGCGAUGUGAAGUUGACCUUGUACGAUGAAACGUACCGGCCCCUCGUCGGGAUGCUCCUGACAGGACCAAGGGGGGACAAAACCCCCCCUCUUCUCUUGAGCAAUGGCGUUUCGGCCGCCCCAGAGGACGGUUCGAAGGGCUUGCGGUGUCGAAUGCUACCACGGGCGUCCCCGCCAUCGGAGGCGAAGGACUACUGGCCUUCAAGCAGCGAGUGGUGUGGUGUGGAAGAGGUUUCUGUGGGGGCGUUGGGAAGCAUCGACAGCUUUGGGGGUCUCUACGGGCCCCUGGUGUCCCUGCAAGGUGGGGGCUACGCUCAACGCGCAUGCUAUUGUCUAACCACAAAGGAGGACCCUUCUGAUGAACAGAGCCACCAUAAAACUCAGUGCACCGUAGGUAUGUCCUCAAAAGAAGGGAAUCAAUCCGUAAGCGAGAAAGAAGACGGCGAGGCAAACUCAGUCGUAAUAUCCGAUUGUCUUCAUCAGUCCACGUCAUUGCGGCAAGCAGUUGAGGCGCCACCGUGGAUGCUAACAGCCACCGCUCGGGAUCUGUGUGAGCGGCUACAUAGUGAGGGAUGCCUUUCCCCUGAGAACGGCGAGAGGUUGAGUCUAGCGGAAGACACGAUGUGGUGCAUAGCAGCCUAUCAAGGGGUCCAAUGCGCUGACAUCGUGUUUAAUGAACCCUUUGACGUAGUGUGUGCGGCGCCACGGGUUCAGCUGAACUACCGCGUCGCACCUUGGCGGCAUCAAAUCGGUCAACCAGUGGCGGACGGGUGUAGUUCGUGUGUGGUGGGGCUUAGGAUGGAGAUGCGGCAAUUCGGCGCUGUUAUCCUCUGUGGAACGUUUUAUUUUCAACCCGAUCUGCCGGUAUAG